CCGCCGCCGCCCACCCCCCCCCCCCCCCCCCUCCCCGCGCCAUGCCGCCGCGGAAGCGCCCGGCGCCGCCACCGGAAGAGCCCUCCCCUGCCUCGAAACCCGCACCUGACGCCAAGCCUCCCGAACCCGCCAAAUCCUCCCCCGAUUCCGCGCCGCCGACCAUCUCGGCCGCGAUCCUCGCCAAACUCCCGGGCAUGGAGCGGCAGGUGUACUCCCUCAUCUUCGAGGCGGGCAGCAAGGGCAUGUGGAUGCUCGACGUCCGCAAGCAGCUGGCGAUCAGCCCCAACGUCGCCACAAAGGUCGUGCGCGCCCUCGUGUCGAAUAAGCUCGUCAAGGAAGUCAGCGACGUGCGCCACCGCAGCAGGAAGAUCUUCAUGGCCACCGACUUCCAGCCCUCCGACGAGAUCACCGGCGGCACCUGGUACCACGACGGCCGGCUCGACACCGACGCCGUGUCCGCCGUGCGCCGCCGCUGCCAGGCGCAGGUCGAGAAGCUCGGCGCGGCAACCGCGCAGAUGAUCCACAACGGCAUUCUCAGGGACGACCCCAGGGCCGGGUACACCAUCGACAAGAUCAGGGAUAUCCUGAAGACCAUGGUGCUCGACAAGGUGCUCGAGGAGGUCAAGAGCACAGGCGUGGGGGAGUACGCGGCCGUCAGGAGCGGCACGAUGUGCUACCGAUUGGCUGGGGCUGCGCAGGGAGGGAUGAUGGAGGGGAUCCCGUGCGGGGUUUGCCCCAGGAUCGAUGAGUGCUCGCCGGAGGGGGUCAUUUCGCCGAGCACAUGCGUCUACUACAACAAGUGGUUGCAAAUGGACUUCUAGGCAGUGACCGGAUCGUGCCGCCUUUUCUGAAGACUUGAGAUCGUUGGAGCUUAACCCAAACCGGAAAGGCUGGGUACCCCCUUGGAAGAAGUCUGCAUUCGGUGCCGGUAUCUUCUUGGAAUCCCUCAAGGCGGAUCAGAGUAAAAUAACACCAUGAUCGCGCUUACCCCAGCAGCGACCCGGCCCUCCUCGCCUCCUCUGUCGAAGUGUCGAUGCGUCAUGUGCGGCGCUUUCUUGCACGGUUCUACCGCGUGCCGAGGGCUGAGGGGCCAACUGCUCGAGGAAGACGAAGCAGUGCUCUGAAUCAGGCCACGGCGGCCGGUGAGCGUGGAUCGUCGUCAAGCCGGAGGAAAGCGACGGCGGCCGGGAACGAGGUCUCUCGAUCCCCACCUGCUGCUGUUGAUUAAUCGGUAAGUAGUUGUAGUGGUGGUGUGGUGGGACUAGUAUAUGGUAAGGGAACGAAAUGUUGCCGGCGGCUGUGUUGAGGAAGGUGUGAUGCGUGUGCUACUCUUUUUUACCUGUCGAUCAUCUUUCGCAACGAGACUGGCUAUAGUCUGUCC